UUGGCCAGACGUCCGCAGAGGCCGCCUACCACCUCCACCACCUCAUCAUGAGCAAACUGGCCAAAGAAAUGGACAAGAAGGCCAAGAACAAGAAGGGGAACAUCGUCAAUUGGCUGAGGGAAGACUUCUUCCUUUCGGGCCCCACCAUAUUUUAUAAUAACGUCUCCAAAAUGGCUAAGGCCUUUGGCGAGCAUCUGAGCCCGUCACAAAUAAACGACCUGAUCUUAAAAGCCCUGGAGGCUCUGACAGACCCGGACAAGAACAUUUCACACACUGCGGGACUCCUGCUCAAUUCGUUCUUGGAGGAAUGUGGGAUGGAGAUGGAGGAGCUGCCCAUGAUCCUCAAGGAGAUCUACAUGCGUCUCCCGAAGAUCUCGGACCCUGCCACCAAAGAACAAACUCUCAAGGCAGUGUGUCACGUGGCGUCCAAACGGGUGAACAGAGUCGUGGAUAUUCUCCUCGAGUGCUCGGUGGAUUGCGAUGGAAGUGCCAAGGAGUUAUGGAGGGCGCUGGCUGAAGACCCCUAUGCUAACAUGAAGAUCAUGAAGCCCCUCCUCAAAAGGCUUCAGAACGAAGACCCCACCACCGAAGCUUUUGGGAGGAGAAAUAGCAAAUCCAUCAUGCCCAUUGCGGCCACCAAUGCGCUCUCCUUCCUCCUCUCGCUUCCUGAGGCACCAACCAUUGUCCAGAAUAAGUUCUCCAGCCUGCUCCUGGCGCUCGUGACGCAGAUCUAUUUCCUGCUGGGAGCAGGCAAGAGCGGGUCAGAGGAGACCAACCACCUGGGCAACGCAGUCGAAGCCGUCAAACACCUCAUCUUGUGCACCGGCUAUCAGGAGGAGUUCAAGGAUUUAGACAUGGUUCGAUGUUGGGAGAUGCUGAGGAGUCCUGAAAGUGUGUUUGAAGGCAUUUUCCACCUGGUCCGGAACUUGUUCAACUACUCCAAACAUGAGCUGAAGGUCAUGUUCCGACAGGCCAACCUCUACCUGCGCCACCCCGAUUUAAGGCAUAAAACCAUCGGGAUGGUUUUCUUUUCGGAGCUGCUGUACCAUCCGGAAAUUUGCCAAUUCUUUGUCAUCCAAGACAUCCUCCAGGUGCUGAUGGAAUGGAUGAGCCAGCCAUAUCCGCUGAUACAGAUCUUCAGUGUUAGAGCAUUGGGGAACCUCAUCCAACAUCCGUUUGAGAAGAACAUCUUGGAGCCACUGUUGAUGCCAGUGCUAAACUGCGCUUGUCACGAAAAGAAGACCGUGGCGAAGGAAGCUAUAAGGACCCUGCGUUUCCUCCUCAGACACCUCGAGAUAGAAACCCAUGCAUGGAAGGCAGUCAACCUCAUUCCGCUCCUUCCAAAAUAUUUUCAUGAUGACGACAUCGAACUGAGGAAUACCUCCAUCACCAUUUUCGGCAUGCUCCUGAAAGGACUGAAGGAGAUACGGAAUAGUAAUAUGGCGGAAAACAUCCUGAACAGCCUUGUUCCUCUAGUCAUACUACUGUCAAAUGAUCGGACGAAAGAGGUCUCCAGGAAGACCCUCGACUCCUGCGUGUCCUUUAUGAACUGGGGGGGCUUUCCCAGCAACUUGUUUGACUAUGAAAUGUAUACCAGCCUCCAUAGCAUGUACUCCAACAUCUGCUACGUGGUUAUGAAUAAAUGCAAGCAAAACCUUCCUGCAAUGUUGGAUCAGAUGCUGGGAUUCCUGAGGAGCCGGAACUCUUCCCAUCGCGAGGCAGCUGCCCUCUUAAUUGGCUGCUGCGCGCAAUACAUGCAACCGGAAGUGGUGACUUCCCUACAGAUCGAAGAAGUUUUCCUCGGUCUCCGGGAUCUGCAAGGCGAUCGUGAAGCCUCGGUGGCUCAGGCUGCAGCUGACUCAAUGGAAGAAAUCUUUCGGCAGUGUGGCCAUCUGAUCGAGCCGGGUCUUGUUAGCAGUCAACUCCUCUCCAAAGGCAUCAGGAGGAUCUCCGAGACCAAGCAAUAAUAGUUUAAUAGUUUAAUAGUUUU